AUGCCGUCUUAUCGCCGCGACCGCGCCUGCUCACACCUGUCGNNUCAGUUCCUUCGCGAGUACAAGCUCGUAGUAGUCGGCGGUGGUGGUGUCGGAAAGUCGUGUUUGACCAUCCAACUCAUCCAAAGCCAUUUCGUCGAUGAGUACGACCCGACAAUUGAAGGUUUGUACAUGUCGCCGCUCCCCGCGCCCACCAUCUCUGUUCUGACCGCCUCUUCUCCACACNNAGAUUCAUACCGCAAGCAGUGCGUCAUUGACGACGAGGUCGCCCUUCUCGAUGUGCUCGACACAGCAGGACAAGAAGAAUACUCGGCCAUGAGAGAACAGUACAUGCGCACCGGCGAGGGUUUUCUGCUCGUCUACUCCAUCACCUCGCAACAAUCCUUUGAAGAGAUCAAGACUUUCCAACAACAAAUAUUGCGCGUCAAGGACAAGGACUACUUCCCCAUGAUCGUCGUCGGCAACAAGUGCGAUCUGGACGGAGAGAGAGAAGUCUCGGUCGAAGGUGCGUCUGACCCCUCGCUCUUGUGUUUAUUUGUUCUGGCCGUUUGA